AUGAGAUUAAGCUUUUUAUUUUUUAUUAUAUUUUAUCCUUUAUUAAUUAAUAGUGAAGAUAUAUUAUCUUAUACGGAUAUAAUUAAUAAUUAUUGUACACCACCAUUUUAUUAUUAUAAAUCAUGGUGUUAUUAUAUAUUUCCGAAUGUAACUUUGGAUUGGUUAUCAGCAUAUCGUUUAUGUCAUUCAAUUGAUAAACAUACAUAUCUUGCGUAUAUAUCAGGUGAUGAUGAAAUGAUUGAUCCUUUACGUGAUAUAUUAAUUAAUCGUGAAAAAUCAAAAGAAAUAAAAUCUAUAUGGACAAAUACAACAUGGGGUCAACAACGACGUACAAUAUUAAGUCGAUAUUCAAAACGAACUUGUCGUAAAAUUGAAUUAAAAUCAAAUUAUAAAUUUGGUCAAAUUGAUACACUUCGUAUGCCAUUUACAAAUUGUCGAGAAAAACAUUCAGUGAUGUGUCGAAAAGAACUUCCAUCAAAUAUUGUUUGUCGUCGACCAUGGGCAUUAGCUUAUGGAAUAUGUUAUUAUUUAGAUGAACAAAAACGUAUUACUAAAACUGAAGAAGAAGAACGUAAUAUACUUCAAUGUCAAGCAUGGGAAGGUGAAUUAUUUUCUAGUUCAAAACAAGAAAAAACAAUUCUUAUUCCAUUUUUAUCAUAUUCAUUGUAUAAUCUUCGAUCAAGUACAAUUUUAUCUGAAAAUUUCGGUGGAAUAUCCUAUUCAUUUGAAAAUAUAAUACAAGAUAAUUGUUCAUUUAUAUCUGGUGAUGUACAUUUAAGUACAACACUUACUCAAUUAAAAAAUCAAAAUUUUACUAGAAAUUGUUCAUUAUAUAAUUCUUAUACAUUAUGUCGACAAAUUCAAAAUACAACUUGUGAACCGCCAUGGUUUUAUGAUGAUGGUUUUUGUCUUUAUUUUUCUUCACAAUCAUUUUUUGAUAUGGCUGGUGGAUCGAUCGAAUGUUCACAAAACGGUGGUCAUCUUUUAUAUAUAAAUAAUGAAGAAGAACUUUUUCGUUUAACACAUAAUCUUAUACCUUUAACACCAUUUUUUAAACAUCUUUCAUUAGCUGGUGUAUGGUUAGCAUUAUCCUAUAGAGCAUUUAGUUCAGCCGAUGAUCAUAUAGAAAAUAAUUUUGAUUGGCGAUGGGAUUUAUCAAUUGAAUCUUAUUUAGAUGAACAAUGGAAAUUGUAUGAAUGGAGAAAGUUUUUUCAACAUCGUUUAUCACCAUAUAUAGUCAGUGCAGGUGAUUGUGCUGCAUUAAUUCUUGAUUCAAAAAUACGUGAACCUAUUGAACGUACAUCAUGUCAUAAUCAACGCACAGUUAUAUGUCGAAAACCAUUGAAUAAUGAAAAAAAAUCAUUUCAUAAAAAGAGUAAUUAUAAGAAAGUUUUACGUUUAAAAAAUUCUACUAACGUUGUUGAACAUCAUUCGAAAUCGAAUAAUGUAUCAUCAUCAUCAUCAACAUUAAUGAUUAUUCAAAAUGUAUUUGAAUUACUUAAUACAACAACAUAUCGAUUAAUUGUGUAUUUCAAUGGAUCUACAACAUUAACAACAAAUCUUAUUUUUACAUGUAAAUCAAAAGGAAUUAUUCUUGAAAAAUUAAUUUUAUCUAAAGAAUUAUUAUCCAUUAUGAAAUUUGAUAUAGGAAUUAAUUCAAUAGAAAGUGAAUAUCAAAUAUUAUUUAAUUAUCUUUAUUCAUCAAAUUGUACAAAUACAACAAAAUAUCAAUGUAUUUAUUUAUCAUGUAUUGAAAAUGAUCCAUGGUAUUAUACAUUACCUGAAAUAGAACUUCGAUUAAAUAUAAGUCGUAAUCAAUCAUCAACAAAUGAUCGAUGUUUAAGGAAAUAUAAUAAUUCAAAUAUUGAUGCACAAAUAUGUUCGAUUUUAAUUGAUCAAUUUCGUGUAUCCGAAGAAAUCAUAUUAUCAACUCCAAUGCCUUCAUCAAAAACGAAUGAAUGUCCAGAUUUUGGUGGACAAUGUAUUCCGGCUUCAUUGAUUGUAUCAUCAUCAAUGCAAUUUACAGAUAGUAUUUUAACUUGUCCAACAGGAUUCAUUUGUUGGUUACAAGGUGAAAGUUGUGGUAUUAAUUCUUAUUGUAUUGAUCGUAUUCGAUUUCCUUGUCCUUUAAUUUCUCGUUUAACAAAUGUAACAUGUUCAAAUUCUCAUCAUGAUUGUUGUACAUCAUCAUUAUCAUCAUCAAAUGAUUCAUCAUUGAUUAUUUCUACUGAAUCAAAUCAUCAAAUUUGGAAUAUUCUUUUACCAAUAUAUUAUUUUUCAUUCCAUGGUACAUCAAAAUGGGAUAAAUUAUUUUAUAAUUCUUGGUUACAUAUGGGUAGUGAUAUAUCACAUGAUUUUGUUAAUGACGAAUUUUUAUUUUCAUGUAAUGCUAUAUUUAUCGAAUCAACAUUGCUUUUAACACAUGAAUCAUGUUUACCAACUCAUUUAACACCGAAUGAUAAACGGUCAAUAUUAUUUUCAUUGAUGAAAAAAAUUGAUAAUGAUGAAUAUGAUAAAAUAGCACUACAUAUUGAUACAUAUCAAAUAUAUUCACCAUUUCAAUUAGUACGUUUAGCAUUUCAUCAUGAAUUUCUUGUUAAUAAAACAUAUAAAAAAGUAAAUAAUUUAAAAUUAAACAAAGAAAAAAUUAAUGAACUUUAUUGUGUUUUGGUUUUAAAUGAAUAUGAUAUAAGACAAAUUAGAUUAAUUAAUGAUUUUGAACGACAAUUUAUUUUUUAUGAUAAUAUUUCAUUAUUUUCAUUUAUAAACGAAAAUGAUGAUGAUGAUGAAUGGUCAUUUUCACCUAUUGUUUGUAUUCUUAAUGAUAAAUUUCAAGAUUGGACUAUUGUUGGUAUUAGUGGACAACAACUUAAACAUCAAUGUAAAAUUGUUAAUCAAAUAAAAUAUUGUCAAAUGACAUUUGUUUAUUCAUCAACAUGGAUUUAUUAUGAAUAA